CAACCUCCUGACGACUCUAAACUGCUGGCUAGACCGUCGGCGCCGCUUCCCCAGACUAGAAGCAGGCUAUCCCCAGAUGGAGAUCUCAAGUGCAGAAUUACGACGGGCGUGGCUUCGACGCCCCUGUGUUCGCCUGUCUCCCCGCGUCAUUCUCCAGACCACACCACUGGUAUUCCCUCACUUGGCAGUGCAUGGUCACGGCAUGAUACUCGCAUGCUGAAGCUCGAGCAAUUUGUAUAAGACAACCUCAAGGCCACCCAAAAGAGAAGAUCAUCAGCAAGCUCAGAUCCAACUCCACAGUUCCAGAUCAAACAAGAGGUCGUUGUUGGCUUCACGGCUAUUCUCCUUCAAACCGAGUUCGACAACCCUUCGCCACCAUGUCUCGUCGCAACAGCAGCGUCGUCGCGGUCGAUAUUGACCAGCAGCGCAAGCUCUCAAUCGCCAUGCCUGACCACAGGCAGGUCGCCCACGCUGCCAGCAAGGCCACCGAAAUGGAGCAGAAGAUGUCUCUGCGCGAAGGCAUCAGGCUCUACCCCAAGGCCGUAGCAUGGUCCGUCUUGCUCUCCACGGCUAUCAUCAUGGAGGGUUUCGACAAAGUUCUCAUCGGUUCUCUCUUCGCUGCCCCGGCCUUCAAGCAGCGUUACGGCUCCCAGCUGCCCGAUGGGUCAUGGGAGAUCACCGCAGCAUGGCAGUCCGGCCUCACCAACGGUGCCUUUGUAGGCGAAUUCUUCGGGCUUCUUCUUAACGGGUACAUAGCGGACCGCUUUGGAUACAAAAAGACAAUGAUGGGGGCGCUCUUCGCUGUCAACCUUUUCAUCUUCAUCGUCUUCUUCGCCCAGAACAUCCAGAUGUUAUUGUCUGGUUUGAUACUGUGUGGAAUUCCAUGGGGUGUGUUCCAAACCCUGACAUGCACAUAUGCCGCCGAGGUUACUCCCGUGCCCCUUCGUCCUAUUCUCACCACCUACGUUAAUCUCUGCUGGGUCAUUGGCCAAUUCCUUGCCUCCGGUGUGCUGAAGGGCGUCGCGCUCAGGCCUGACGAGUGGGCUUACCGCAUCCCCUACGCUCUGCAGUGGCUCUGGCCCACCCCCAUUCUCAUCGGGAUCUACUUCGCACCCGAAUCUCCCUGGUGGCUCGUCCGCAAGGGCCGCGAUGAAGCCGCCAAGCUCAUGCUGCAGCGCCUCACCUCCGCCGAAAAGCACCCUGACUUCAACGCCGAUGAGACUAUUGCCAUGAUGCGCCACACCAACGAGCUCGAGAAGGCUGUUUCCGAGGGCACUUCGUACAUCGAUUGCUUCCGCGGCACUGAUCUCCGCCGCACUGAGAUCGCCUGCAUGACCUGGUUCACCCAAGCCUUCUGCGGUGCCGCCCUGAUUGGAAACUCCACCUAUUUCUUCAUACAGGCCGGUCUCGACGAGUCCAGCUCUUUCUCCAUGUCACUCGGCCAAUACGCUAUCGGCGCAGUCGGUGUCUUCAUCGCGUGGGCGCUCAUCCCCCGCGUCGGCCGACGCACACUGUACGUCUGCGGUGACCUCGCCAUGGUCACGAUCCUCGUUGUCAUCGGCGCGUGCGGCACAAUCGAUAGGGGCAAUACAGGCGCCCAGUGGGCCAUUGGCGCGCUUCUGCUCACCUUUGCCUGUGUCUACAACAUUACCGUCGGCCCCGUGUGCUACGCCAUCGUCGCUGAGAUCCCAUCCACGCGACUCCGCCAGAAGACUGUCGUACUGGCCCGCAACUUCUACAACGUCGCUUCCUGCGUCGGUAAUGUGCUCACACCUCGCAUGCUGAACCCUGGUGCAUGGAACUGGGGCGCAAAAACUGGAUUCUUCUACGCUGGUACCUGCUUCGUGUGCUUCGUGUGGGCUUUCUUCCGCCUCCCCGAGCCCAAGGGCCGCACCUACGCCGAGAUGGAUAUUCUGUUCGAGAAGAGGGUGUCGGCGCGUCACUUCAGCAGCACAGUGGUGGACAGCUUCCACGCAGACGGCGACUCUGGCUCGGACUACGGAAACGAGAAGGCGGGUACGCGCACACACCUCGAGGCCGUCAACUCCAAGGACAUGGCCUGAGCCGGUGCCUAAAAUGGAUCGUAGUUGGGUCGAAAUUGGCUUGAUUCGAUAUGCGGAUGACUUGAAAUGUUUACGCACUGUUAUAUAUUUUUAGCGGCUGUAUAGAUCUCUAGCGAAUGCU